AUGAUCAUUAUAAAUAAAAAUUGUAAUAAUUAAAUAGUACAAAGAAUGCCGCAGAAGCGAAGGCGGCUCCAUUUACAAGCGACAAUAGGUCAAGAUAAUAACAAUAAAAACGCACAAUAAAUGAAUUAUUUAACUUAUUUUAAAUGUAGUCACCUUCUACAUUUUUUGUAUUAGUCAUUAAGCUAAUUUUGCAAUAUUUAAAUCUUCAAAAUCAAUCACAAAUUAAUUAAUACAAUCCAUCCAUACAUUUUUUCCAAAUAUUUUUACUCAAACUCCCCCAAUCCAACUAAACAAAACAAAAAAUACAUACAUAUUCUUAUUCUCCCAAAAAAAUAUAUUACUUAAGCAACUACUUCUAUUUAUCUGUAAAUAUUCAUAAAGCAGCAGCGAUGA